AUGUACGGUGGCCAGCAGCAGUUGCAGCCCCAGGCGCUUCCCCUGCACCUGCAGCACCACCGGCCCCAGCCCUGCUACCAAACGCUGCCUCUGCCGCACCACCGGCCCCGGCAGUGCCCCGAGCCCCUGCCGUGCUACGAGCCGCCUCCCCUGCAGAACCGGCCCCGGCCGUGCCCCGAGCCGUCUCCCUUGGAGAGCCGGCCCCGGCCUUGCCCCGAGCCCCUACCGAGCCCCGAGCCGCCUCCCUUGCAGAGCCGGCCCCGGCCGUGCCCCGAGCCCCUGCCGAGCUGGCCCCAGCAUUGCCCGGAGCCGCCUCCCUUGCAGAGCCGGCCCCGGCCGUGCCCCGAGCCCCUGCCGAGCUGGCCCCAGCAGUGCCCGGAGCCGCCUCCCUUGCAGAGCCGACCCCGGCCGUGCCCCGAGCCCCUGCCGAGCUGGCCCCAGCAGUGCCCGGAGGCGCUGCCCCACCAGCAUCAGGACGGCAACGUGGUGUACGAGCGGGUGAGGACCUAUAGCUGCCCCGGGGGCAAGCGGGUGCAGGUGCUGGAGCUCCCUCCGUGCUCCCCCAGGCCGGUGUCCCCGCUGGAGAAUGCGCCAGGCCACCAGCAUGUCAUCUGGAGCCGCGACCCGCCUCAGCAGUUACAGGAGCCAUUGUCUCCAUUUCUGAGAGGAGGAAAUUACUGCCCGGGAAACAAUGUUAUCUAUGAAAAGACAAUAAGAAAAUAUGAGUUGCUAAAUCCUGAACAGGAGAAACAAUACCAGUUUUCCCACCAGUCCAACCAGUCCCAGGUUAGCCAGGUAUGCCAGCAAUCUGAACAGCCCCAAAUCAUCCACCAGUGCCGAGAAACACAAAGUUGCAGUCCCUGCGAAAUAAGCUCAAUCUCUGUGAGUGAUGGUGGAAGAGGAACGAACACCGUGCAGAGAGUAAUAAUCCAAGGCUGCGAACCAGUACACAGUCUUCAAGAAACUAAUGGGCAGCUGGACUCCAGAUAUUUUGGCGAGCUACUUGCUGAAGUGAACCGCAAGAGCAAUGACCUGUACAGCUGUUUACUGCAGCAUGUGGAAAAGAUAGGAAGAAGGACACAGGACAAUGAAUCUACAAGUCAAGUAGAAGACAUUGAAGGUUUGAUUCCCAAAGGACUGUCAGAGUUGACAAAGCAGCAAAUUCGCUAUCUCCUGCAGAUGAGAGUGACAUCCGAUAAAUCACUGCGACUUGUACUUUCCACUUUUGGUAGUUUGCGAGAGGAGCUUUGCCAUCUACAAGAUGACUUAGGGAAAUUGGAAACUGACAAGAUGUUACUAGAGAAAGAUCUGGCUUUUAAAGAAUCUCAGGUGAAGGAGUAUGAAACACUGUUGGCAUCUGUGAGAGAGAAUAAUCGCCAACAGCAGCAAGGACUCAGAGACAGUGCUUCAAAGUGUCGUUCAUUGGAGGAACAGAUCAUCUCUCUCCGGUAUGCUGAGGGAGAGAAGGACUGUCGGUUAAAAGAACUGGAAUACUGCAAGCGUGCCUUGGAACAAGAGAUUCAGAACCUGAGAAUGCAGACCUGUUCUAAUCCAGUGAUACAAACCACCACAGAUGAGCUCUCUAGUCGUUACGUGGAGAUGAUUAACAACCUGAGAGAGGAUAAAGAUAGAGAGAUCCGCAAUCUUAGGUCCCAGAUAAACCAGUUCCAGCAAGAUAUUUCAAGAAGAGAUGGAAGUAACAGUGACUUCCAGAUGAGGCUGCAUGAACUUACUUCAAUGUUAGAAGACAAGGAGACUUUUAUUAAACAGCAGCAAGAGGAACUCUUCAGGUUGAAGCAAGAAAGAUUAUCAUGCAAUCAAUCAACAGGUGUAACAAAGUCUGUCAUCACAAAAAAGUACAUGAACCAAUAUCCAAUCCUUGGUCUCCUGUCUGAUGACUACAUGGUUUCAUCACCAGUUAGACAAACGGAGACUAUUGUAAUUGAGAAGACUGAAGCAAUGUAGAAACAUGAAUGAGCAGCUGGGACCGUCGCUGGAUCUGUUCAAAGGCGCUCAUACCAAAUGACUAUCAUUACUUUACCUGCUGCUGUUUUGCAUCAUUAAAAGGUUCAGUCUAAUAUUUAGAACCAGGCUUUUCCCUGAGCUAAGGUGCAUGUGUUAAAGACACACAGUGGGAAAUAAUGGAUUGAGAAAAGCAAUCGAAGCAAGCAAUUAACUUCUAGCUGAUGAAGAACAUGCAUUAUGAUAUUUAGUCAUUCCAGACCACAUUGAGUAAAGGGUAUUAUCCAUUCCUCUGUCUUACUUGCUGCACUACU